UGUACGAAAAAACAACUGGAUAUCGUUAUGUGUUGAUCGCAAACGAAGGGAAUAAUUAGUAAAUUGUGUUCAAUAAUGGCGCAGCCACUGCACAAUCCGAACGAGAGGAGCUCGAUUCUCGAUAGCAGAAUCAGGAACAAUGAAUUUAACGAUAACAGAAGCAGAAGCACGGAUUCAAUGAACGAGCACGCUUUGGACGAUAUGAAGCAGCUGAUUAACGAAUACGAGGACGACUCUAAGUCAUCCCUUCCAUGGGCCUCCUUCAAUUUCAUAAACUCCAUUAUCGGAAGUGGAGUAAUCGGCAUCCCUUACGCCCUACACGAAGCUGGCUUCGGUUUCGGACUGCUGUUGCUAAUUUUCGUCGCCUACGUAACCGAUUACUCCCUAAUCUUGAUGGUAAGAAGCGGCCACAUCUGCGGACGGUUCUCCUACCAGGGAAUCAUGGAAGCUGCGUUCGGACGUCCGGGCUACAUUUUAUUGGGGUGUCUUCAAUUUUUUUACCCAUUUAUUGCAAUGGUUUCGUACAACGUAGUGGUUGGUGACACAGUCACAAGGGUGGUGGUACGAGUGACAGGAAUCGACCAAACGUCUGUCUUUGCCAAACGAGAAGUCAUCGUUUUAAUAGCCACCUUUUUGGUCACAAUUCCCCUGUGUCUGUACCGAGACAUUUCGAAGCUGGCCAAGAUUAGCUUCAUCAGUUUGGUGUGCAUUGGUUUCAUACUGUUUUCGAUUUUCGUUAAAAUUGGAACCAUGAGCGAAAUUGUACCUAGACAUCCCGAUUCCUGGAGGUUUUUCAACAGCGACAUCAUUCCUGCUAUCGGAAUUAUGGCCUUUGCGUUCAUGUGCCACCACAACACGUUCCUGAUCUACAGCUCAAUGUCUAACGCCUCAGAAAAGAAAUGGGAAACUGUUACACAUGCAUCGAUUUUCACCAGUCUCGUCGUUUCCUGCUUGUUUGGAAUAGCUGGAUAUUGUACCUUCAAGGCGUUCUCUCAAGGCGACUUGUUGGAGAAUUAUUGUUGGGAUGAUGACUUGAUGAACGUCAGCAGACUUUUGUUCAGCGUUCAAAUAUUACUGACGUAUCCGAUUGAAUGUUUCGUUACCAGAGAAGUCAUAGAAAAUUCGAUCUUGCAAAAGGAUCCAAACGUACCGUUGACUGAGAGAACUCACUACGUCAUAACUUUGGCCAUUGUCGGUACUACUUAUUUUAUAUCCAUUGCCACAGAUUGUUUGGGAAUGGUUCUGGAACUGAACGGUGUUCUUGCAGCUGUUCCUCUAGCUUACGUCCUUCCAGCUCUAAGUUACCUUCAACUAGAAGAGGGCUACAUAUUUUCCAAACGAAAAAUCGCCGCCCUAGGUGUAGUAGUCUUUGGCAUGACUGUCGCAAUUUUAGGUGUCGUAUUCCUAAUCAUAGACUUCGACCAGAUCGACACUUGUUCCCAUGGUAAAGUAAUGGGUUAUUGUUUACCUAUGAACGCUACAAACGGUACAAACACUACCGUGCAUUAAUUAUAAAACAAUACUUAUUAAUUGUUGCUGUACAGACUGAUUUCUGGAUCACAAUUUAAAGUAAUUUGUUGUUCAUUGUGUAGGUUUCGAAUCAUAUUAAUAAUUGUAAACGAAAAACGCAAUAUUUUAAACAAUCAGAGGUAAACAACCGACGUUUAAAUGCUUCAAUUAUAAUGAAAAUUAAACAAUCAAAUUAACUGAGCUUAAAAUUAUACAAUUAAAAUGAAAUUAAAAUUAUCUAUUUUUAAAGUAUGUAUAUAAAUAUAUUAAUAUACAAUUUGUUUUAAGUGGAACAAAAUUUCAGUUGAAGCAAUAGAUUCGUUUCCACAAAUUGACAAUAUUCGAUUUACCUCAGCAGUAUUUUUUUAUCAGUAUAACGUUAUGUUAAUGUAAAUAAAUGUAAAGAAACAAGUUGAAACUGUUGCCAAAUUUAUGUGUGUUGUUGUAACUCAAUUAUUAUAAUAUACUAUAUGUAAUUACAUUGUGAUGCUACAGUGAUAAGCUCAAGUGAGAACGAUUAGAUAUUUAUUAUUAUACAUUACAAAUAUUUAUAUUAUUUACAGACGCUUGAAACGCAUUAUGUAUAUGAAAACUAUAUAUUCUAUUAAAUAUAAGAUUAGUAAAUAACUGACUAAAAAGUUGAUUUAUAUUUAUGAGAUUUUUGGGCAUUUUAUUAUUUAUUUAUUUCGCCGCAAAACACAAUAUUUCUACAGUUUUCCUGAUACCUCUCAGACAACUAAAAUUAAACUACUAAAAACUAGUUAAAAUUAGUAAAUAAAGGCCAGCCAUCUUUGAUUUACUAAAUAAAUCUUUGAAUUACAAUUCAAAGAAUAAAUUGUUCUUCAGCUUUCCUCGUGCGAAUAUUUUUGUAGUGAUUGACUGAUAUACUUUUUACAGCACCGAUUUCCCAAAUCUAUGCACUUUUGUGAUCAGUGUGUCUUUAUAUGAGAUGAAAUAA